GGACCGUCCGGCUGCCCCCGCCUCCUUCCGUCCGAGCCGUGCUCUCCCGCGGCUGCGCCGGCCCGGCAGUCCCGGAGACAAAGCAGCGCCGCCGCGGUCGCCGCCCCCGAGCGGGUCCCGGGCCAUGGCCGGGCCGCCCCCCGGCCCCGCUCCUCCCGUGCCGCCGCCGCCCUAGGCCGCGCCGCGAGCGCAUCUGAGGCUCGGAAAGGUGAGGUGGUUUCCUCAAGGCCCCCAGCCCACCCUGGAGGAGGCGAGAACUUGGCCCCUUCAGCUUCCUGCCGGCCGCAGGCCGUUGAAUCAGCGGACUCUGAACUUCUUGGAAAACAGCGGCUGUGAGCGCCAACUACAUGCCAAGCGCGGGAGUCCCCUGCCUCCUCGAGCAGGCAGAGAUGACGCAGAUGUGGAAACAGAGGCCCAGAGAGGCUUAAAGCUUGCCCAGGGUCACACAGCCCUAACACUGCAGAACUGACACUUGAGUCCAGAGAAGAGCAAGUCGAGACCACAGCUGGGCAGAGGCCGGCGAGGAAGCCUUCCUUGACUGACUAGGCAAGUGAGAUGAGGGAGCAAUCGCCCCCUCUGCCCUGGGUCAGGUUGCCUGGCUGGGCCCCCUGUGACCUGCUGCUCCCAGGAGAGCCACCACCCAUACCUCAUUCCUCCAAGGCCUGAGCAGGCGGCCAUGAAGCUCAACGAGCGCAGCCUGGCCUCGUACGCGACGAGCGGCGCGCCGGCCGACCGCGCGGGCUUCCUGUUCCAGCGCGCGGGCCGCGCCGCCGCCUACCUGCGCCGCUGGUUCGUGCUGCGCGGCAACAUGCUCUUCUACUUCGAGGACGCGGCCAGCCGCGAGCCGGCGGGCGUCGUCAUCCUGGAGGGCUGCACGGUGGAGCUGGUGGAGGCCGCCGAGGAGUUCGCCUUCGCCGUGCGCUUCGCGGGCGCCCGCGCGCGCGCCUACGAGCUGGCGGCCGAGAGCCAGGCGGCGCUGGAGGGCUGGGUGAAGGCGCUGUCGCGCGCCAGCUUCGACUACCUGCGCCUCGUCGUGCGCGAGCUUGAGCGCCAGCUGGCCGCCGUGCGCGGCCCCGCAGAGUCCCUCUCGGUGAGGGACAGACUCAGCCCCUUCCCGCUGCCUGGCACCCGGCUCCGGGAGCAGGGGGCUGUCCGUGUGUCUGCCGGCACCAGCUGA